GCUCAGCGGAAGUGGUGUUACGCCUCAUUUCGUCCUUGACGCCUCGGUCUCUCGGCGGAGUUUCGGAAAGUGUGUCGAGUUGCUCCGUUUCUUCCUAACGGUUCCGGAACCAGAAGACUAUUAUCUAAAUCCGGUCGCGAACCUGGUCCCGGACCCAGAGGAGAGUUUCCGAGGAACCGAACCUCCAGAAGGGCUCCGCACGUUGUGUUGAAGUUAACGGGAAAUGGAGCCGGAGAGUUAACAGUGAGUUCUCAGGGAACGAGCACCCUGGGGCGCAGGUUCAGUUCCGCCUCUUCCUCAUACUUUAGUUCCCGGGACCCAGAGGACCCAGUGGACCCAGAGGACCGGGAUGGCCGCGGACCACACCGUGAGGUUUUCCCUGCUCCACCGGACAUGUAAGCUGGUGGUGCUGCUGUGCCUGCUCCACCUCACCGUCACCGUGUUCUUCUACGUCUGCUCUAUGGACAUCCGGUUCUCCUUCGUCCAGAACCAGCAGUCCAAGAACGAGUCCUAUGCGCAGGCAAACCAGGUCCGGAAUAAAGAGUUCACUUCGGGAACCGAACCAACGGUGGUGUUGGUCAAGAAGGAGCUAGUCCCGCAGGAGGAGCACAGGGACCAGAGGAGACCCCCAGAGGAGCUGGAGAAAUGCCCUGAAACAUCCCCUCUGCUGGUGGGUCCUCUGCGGGUGGAGUUCAACAGUCCAGUGGACCUGGAUCAGAUUAAGAAGCAGAACCCAGACAUCCAGCUUGGGGGGCGCUACAGACCCAGAGACUGCGUGGCGCUGACGAAGGUGGCCAUCAUCAUUCCCUUCAGGAGACGAGACGAGCACCUGAAGUUCUGGCUCUCCUACCUGCAUCCGAUCCUGCAGAGGCAGCAGCUGGACUACGGGGUCUACGUCAUCAACCAGGAUGGGGAACAGGUCUUUAACCGGGCCAAGCUGCUGAACGUGGGCUACCGGGAGGCCCUGAAGGAGUACGACUACGAGUGCUUCGUCUUCAGCGACGUGGACCUGGUCCCCAUGGACGACCGCAACACCUACAGGUGCUUCAGCCAGCCCCGACACCUGUCCGUGUCCAUGGACAAGUUUGGCUUUAGGUUACCUUACAAUCAGUAUUUUGGAGGUGUGUCCUCGAUGAGUAAAGAACAAUACCUGAAGAUCAACGGCUUCCCCAACAACUACUGGGGCUGGGGAGGAGAGGACGACGACAUCUUCAACAGGUUGUCCUCUAAAGGCAUGUCCAUCUCUAGACCUAGUGGAGACGUGGGGAAGUGCAGGAUGAUCCACCACGACAGAGACAAGCAGAACGACCCCAACCCUCAGAGGUUCGACCGGAUCGCUCACACCAGAGAGACUAUGCACAAAGAUGGGAUCAACUCUCUGUCCUACCAGGUGGUGAAGACGGAGAAGUUGGAUCUCUUCACUAAGAUCACAGUGGACGUGGGGAAACCAUGACGACCAGCAGCACAGGUCAGCUGACUAUUUCACGGUCUGGUCUGGUCUGGUCUGGUCUGGUCUGGUCUGGUCCCACGAGCUGGACUCAAACAUCAGUUUUAUUUUGCACAAACACACGGACUUACUCUGAGGCUCGUCUCUGAUUGGAAGCCGACUGCAGCCAAUCCGCUGCCUCCGUCAGGCUGCCACUCAUCCAAUCAGAGCUGCUGGUCUCACCGGUGGGGGAUUGUGGGUAAUAAAGGGGUCUCACUUUGAACCGCCAGCAUUAAGAGAUGAGAGAUGUGACGUCAUCAUCAUGACGUCACAUUAAAAAAUCAAUAGUUUUAAAUUAUAUCUUCUAGACUUGUUUGUAAAGUUGCUGCUGUGACUCUUUCUCCUCCAGCCAAUCACAGCCCUCCCUCACAGGCGUCCUCUCCACAGAGAGCUGCAGGAACAAUUCUGCGUUAUUUCACUUCCUGUUCCCCAGAUAAUCCAGAAUAUAAUGGAGGGAAUCCGAUUGGCCGCCAGAUGAUGACUUCCUGUUAGUUUUGAACACUUUGGGUUUUAUUAACAGAAUAUGUACUGAUCCCUGGUCUGAUCCGGAUCCUGGGUCUGGUUUUCAAUUAAUCCUGGUUCUCAACCUGAUCACUGAGGUUUGUGUAAGAAUCAUCUUAAAGGGACAGUCUGAGCUGUUGGUUGGUUGGUUAGUUGGUGUUAUUGUGUUAGUAUGAGCUGUUGGUUGGUUAGUUAGUUAGUUGGUGUUAUUGUGUGUUAGUAUGAGCUGUUGGUUGGUUGGUUAGUUAGUUAGUUGGUGUUAUUGUGUGUUAGUAUGAGCUGUUGGUUGGUUGGUUGGUUAGUUAGUUAGUGUUAUUGUGUUAGUAUGAGCUGUUGGUUGGUUAGUUAGUGUUAUUGUGUUAGUAUGAGCUGUUGGUUGGUUAGUUAGUUAGUUGGUGUUAUUGUGUGUUAGUAUGAGCUGUUGGUUGGUUAGUUAGUUAGUUGGUGUUAUUGUGUGUUAGUAUGAGCUGUUGGUUGGUUAGUUAGUUAGUUGGUGUUAUUGUGUGUUAGUAUGAGCUGUUGGUUGGUUGGUUAGUUAGUUAGUGUUAUUGUGUUAGUAUGAGCUGUUGGUUGGUUAGUUAGUGUUAUUGUGUUAGUAUGAGCUGUUGGUUGGUUAGUUAGUUAGUUGGUGUUAUUGUGUGUUAGUAUGAGCUGUUGGUUGGUUAGUUAGUUAGUUGGUGUUAUUGUGUGUUAGUAUGAGCUGUUGGUUGGUUGGUUAGUUAGUUAGUUGGUGUUAUUGUGUGUUAGUAUGAGCUGUUGGUUGGUUGGUUAGUUAGUUAGUUGGUGUUAUUGUGUGUUAGUAUGAGCUGUUGGUUAGUUAGUUAGUUGGUCUUAUUGUGUGUUAGUAUGAGCUGUUGGUUAGUUAGUUAGUUGGUCUUAUUGUGUGUUAGUAUGAGCUGUUGGUUGGUUAGUUAGUUAGUUGGUCUUAUUGUGUGUUAGUAUGAGCUGUUGGUUGGUUGGUUAGUUAGUUGGUCUUAUUGUGUGUUAGUAUGAGCUUCUUUUCCGACAGUAGAAAUAUGAGAGUACCAGUACAAAGACACUUGUUUGGUUGGUUAAUUGGCUAGUUAGUUAGUUAGUGUUAUUGUGUGUUAGUAUGAGCUUCUUCUUUUAGUUAGUUGGUUGGUUGGUUGAUUGAUUGGUGUUAUUGUGUGACUUCAGUGAAUCUGAACACUAAAGUCACACAACACUAACUAACUAAAAGAGAGUCUGGUGUUUGAAGAUAACAGAAAGGUGAAACUGAUAUUGAUUGUUUGAUUCUGUAGUAAAACUGACUUAGAAGAAGCUCAUCACUACUGUCCCUUUAAAUCAUUCCCAUUAGCUGUUGAGGCUAAUGCUAGCUGUUGAGGCUUAGACUAAGUGUUGAGGCUAACGCUAGGUGUUGAGGCUUAGACUAGGUGUUGAGGCUAACGCUAGCUGUUGAGGCUAACGCUAGCUGUUGAGGCUAACGCUAGCUGUUGUGGCUUAGACUAGGUGUUGAGGCUUAGACUAAGUGUUGAGGCUAACGCUAGCUGUUGAGGCUUAGACUAGGUGUUGAGGCUAACGCUAGCUGUUGAGGCUUAGACUAGGUGUUGAGGCUAACGCUAGCUGUUGAGGCUUAGACUAGGUGUUGAGGAUAACGCUAGCUGUUGAGGCUUAGACUAGCUGUUGAGGCUAAUGCUAACGUUAGCUGUUGAGGCUAGCCGAGUGCGUCUUCAUCGUCAUCAUAUCCCAGCUGCCAAUCAUUUGUUGAGAAACCAAAUGAAACUCAGUUUAAGUUUGUUCUCCUGGAAACGUGUUCUUGUUUCAAACACUUAUUUCCGGAGGGGAAAUAGAAAAUAGUUUAAUUAAUGUUCACGCUGUUGAGAAUAUUACAUUCUGAUUGAUUAUUGAUUCUGUUUUUGAAUUAUUUGAAAACAUAAUCUUAGAAAGUUCAAAACAAUCUUCAGAUAAAGUCCACUUACUGGUUUUAAACCACACCUCAUGGUCAUCGUGUGUGUGUGUGUGUGUGUGUGUGUGUGAGUGUGAAUCUCUUUGCUGAUCAGCUUUUAGCCAAAAUAGAACCACACAAAUUCCAGACUUUCAUUGGUUCUCUAAGUGUCCUUAUCUCAUUAUUGAUCCAAAUAAUCCAACAGAUUAUAUCAAUAAACAAUCUGUGUGUGUGUGCUGAAUGUAUUUGUUGUUGUUGACAGGUUUGUAUGUUUAACUUCAGACCAAAAAUCUUCAUUAUUUAGUGAAUACGUGGCUGAAUCACUGUUAAUGUGCCUUAAAAUGAAUGCGGUGUUACUGGUUUAACUGGUUUAACUGGUAGAGUGAACCAGACUGUAAAUUUAUGAAGAAUAAAAUGUAAGAAAUAUAAGUGAAGAACUGA